GUGACCCUUGUGCAGUAACCUGGUGUAGAUAUUGCUUAUCCCUGGCCAACAGACGGUCGACCGAGCCUCAGUUGUUCCUUCUAUCCCCUCUCUGUCAUUCUCACACUGUCACCAUGGACUUCAGUGUGACUGGGACAACUCUGCUUGUGGCUUUGCUAAGUACUCUGCUCACAGCUUGGUUCUUGAAAAGCAUUUGGCCACAGACUGGCAGGUUGCCCCCAGGACCACCGGCUUUGCCGAUUAUCGGCAACUUGUUCCAGCUGGAUAUACGUGCUCCACACAAAUCCCUCGUCAAGCUGAGUGAGCAGUAUGGGCCUGUGUUCACCUUCUGGUUCAGCGGCUACCCAGCCGUGGUGGUGUGUGGUACUGAGGCGGUGAGGGAAGCCUUGGUCACCCACGGACACGACUUCAGUGGCCGCUACCUCUUCCCCAUCCUCGAACGAAUCUCAGGCGGCUACGGCAUCCUCUUCAGCAACGGGGAGAGAUGGAAACAACUCCGCCAGUUCACUCUCAGCACCCUGAAGAAUUUUGGAAUGGGAAAGAAACCCAUUGAAGAGAGGAUCCAGGAAGAAGCCCAAUUCCUGGUGGCAGAGAUCAGGAACGAAAAAGAGAAGCCGUUCAGCACAGAUGUCAUGUUCCGCUGUGCUGCAGCGAACAUCAUCUGUUCCAUUGUCUUUGGCGACCGGUUUGAAUACAAAGAUAAGAAGUUCCUACAACUGAUGAAUAUGCUCGAUGAGAAUACCCGGGUCUUCAGCAGUCCAUGGGCGCAGUUGUACAAUAACUUUCCAAACAUUAUGGAUAUGCUCCCUGGGCCUCACAAGCGGGUCUUCCAAAACAUGGUAGAGAUGAGAAGUUUCAUGAAUGAAAUCAUUGAAAGUCACAAACAAACUUUCGAGAAAGAUUUCCCCAGGGAUUAUAUCGAUAGUUUCCUCGCCAAGAUCGAUGAGGAGAAACACAAGCCCGACUCACAGUUCAUUGCGAAAAAUCUGGAGAUGGCGUCCACAAACUUAUUUUUGGCUGGAACCGAGACCACGGGCAUAACCUUGGGUUGGGCCCUGCAGUUCCUGGUGAAAUAUCCGGAGAUUCAGGAGAAAAUUCACCAUGAGAUCGACGAUGUGAUCGGGACCUUUCGAAGACCCACCAUUAAGGAUCGGGCAAGCAUGCCGUACACGGAUGCCGUUAUACAUGAGGUUCAGCGAAACAUAGACAUCGCUCCCAUGGGACUGCCUCGCAUGGCAACAGAUGACAUUGAAUUCAGGGGACAUCUUAUUCCGAAGGGUACGUUUGUGAUACCCGUACUUUCUUCAGUUUUGAAUGACACCAAUUGCUGGGAAACACCGGAAUUAUUUAAUCCCAACCAUUUCCUUGAUGAUAAAGGCGGCUUCAAAAUGAACGAUGGAUUCAUGGCCUUCUCCGCAGGGAAGAGAAUUUGCCUGGGAGAAUCAUUGGCUCGAAUGGAACUCUUCCUUUUCCUGACUACUCUGCUGCAGAACUUUGUCUUCAAGUCUGUGAUCAAUCACAAGGAUAUCGACACCUCGCCGCUGAAGUCUGGAAUUCUGAUGGUGCCACACUUGUACAAAUUCUGUGCUGUUUGUCGCUAGGUUGCACGAUAUCUCUCGAUCGCAAGUUGCAGGAGUAGAAUUAGGCCAUUCGGCCCAUUAUGUCUACUCCGCCAUUCAAUCAUGGCUGAUCUAUCCCUCCCUCUCAACCCCAUUCUCCUGCCUUCUCCCCAUAAUCCCCUGACACCCGCACUAAUCAAGAAUCUACCAAUCUCCAUCUUAAAAAUACCCAACAACUUGGCCUCCACAGCCUUCUGUGGCAGUGAAUUCCACAGACUCACCACCCUCUGAUCAAAUCUCAUCUCUCUAAAGGUAGGUAGAUAGAUAAUGAGUUAGAUAGAGCUCUAGGGGAUAGUGGAAUCAAGGGAUAUGGGGAGAAGGCAGGUACGGGUUAUUGACUGGGGACGAUCAGCAAUGAUCACAAUGAAUGGCGGUGCUGGCUCGAAGGGCAGAAUGGCCUCCUCCUGCACCUAUUUUCUAUAUUUCUAUGUUUCUAUGGUAUAUCCUUUUAGUCUUGAGGACAUGACCUCUGGUCCUGGAGUCACAAACCAGUGGAAACAUCCUCUCCACAUCCACUCUAUCCAGGCUUUUCACUAUUCGGUAAGUUUCAAGAGGUCCCUCCUCAUCCCUACAAACUCUAGCGAGUACAGUCAUAUGUUAACUCACUCAUUCUUGUAAAUCUCCUCUGGACCCUCUCCAAAGAUAGCACGUUCUGUGUUUAGUAGUUGGUCAUAGAUAUGAUGUGGUUCCUUGUCUAAGAUGUCUGAGACCAUCUUUAAAAUAACAGACCUUGCAUAAUCCAUAUUUAGUCACUCCCGAUGCAAUGGGAUCUAAACCUGGGAUUUGAGAAUAUGGUUAUAAAUGGCCUGUACAAUAAAGAUGUUGGAAUUUCCGUUUA